AACGGUUGCCCUGGUAACGUUUGACGUCACCACUCCCUGCCCUGUCUCUGCUCCUGGGGCUGGUGUGAUUGGAGGGAAACCCCGUGGAUUAGACCGAGACAGACCGCCUGCGAGAAUCAGCUGUGUAGCCAGAGCAAGAACACCAUUGUCUCACACACUCAGUACUGAGCAGCCAUGGACAAGAGCAUGCUGGUGCAGAAGGCCAAGCUGGCCGAGCAGGCGGAGCGCUACGACGACAUGGCGGCCGCCAUGAAGGCCGUGACGGAGGACAGCGCCGAGCUCUCCAACGAGGAGCGCAACCUGCUCUCGGUGGCCUACAAGAACGUGGUGGGCGCCCGGCGCUCCUCCUGGCGGGUGGUGUCCAGCAUCGAGCAGAAGACCGAGGGCAACGAGAAGAAGCAGCAGAUGGCCAAGGAGUACCGGGAGAAGAUCGAGAAGGAGCUGAAGGAGAUCUGCAAGGACGUGCUGAGUCUUCUGGACAAGUACCUUAUCCCAAGAGCCACCCCACCUGAAAGCAAGGUGUUCUACUUGAAAAUGAAAGGGGAUUACUACCGCUACUUAGCCGAGGUGGCAGUGGGGGAUGAGAAGACCGCCACCAUCACCACCUCGCAGGAGGCCUACAAAGACGCCUUCGAGAUCAGCAAGAGCGACAUGCAGCCCACGCACCCCAUCCGCCUCGGCCUGGCCCUCAACUACUCCGUCUUCUACUACGAGAUCCUCAACUCGCCCGAGCAGGCCUGCCAGCUCGCCAAAACGGCCUUCGAUGACGCGAUCGCAGAACUCGAUACACUGAACGAAGACUCCUACAAAGACAGCACGUUGAUCAUGCAGCUACUGAGAGACAAUUUGACACUGUGGACCUCAGACAACCAGGGUGACGGCGAGGACACUGAAGAGGGUCGAGAGAACUGAGGCCUCGUCUCCAAUCAGCCUGUCAUCAAAGCUCACCAACACUGAGACCACCUCAUUAUUCCUGCCUCAUUCUCUCUCUCUAUCUCUCUCUCUCUCUGUCUCUCUCUCUCUCCCCCCCUCUUUCUUUUUCUCUCCCUCUUUCUCUCUGUCUCUGUCCCUCUUAAUUCUCUCACCACCAUGUCACCUCUUCCUUUCCUAGUUAUUUUUAGUUUCUUUUGGGGGAGCGGUGGGGGUGGGGGAUGAUGGUACAUGGGUUAGGGUGUGUCAGUUUGUCAUUUUCAUGUGAGGACCAAUGGGGGCCUUGCAACAACACAAAAAAAAAAAAAUGUGGAGAGUUGGGGGCAAGGGGAGGGCAGGUUCUCCACACAUGCAGAAGUGGCAAGUGUAGUUUAGUUUUUUUUUUAUAUAUAUAUAUAUAUAUAUAAUAUAUAUAUGUAUAUGUAUGCGUGUGUAUAUAUACAUAUACACUAUGUAUGUUCAGCAUAUGUAAGUCAUCUUGAAGUGUUUGGCAUUCUUCUUGACGUCUGUAGUUCACGGCGCAGCCAACAUGGGCCCGUCCCGGGUUCACAGCUGCAGGUUUAAAUCUGCCGCUAGCAGAGUGGCUACGGGCAUCUAAACCAAACGUCAAACGGCAGAUACGGGCAAGAAAGGUAACAUUCCAUUUGCUGUCUGCUCAACGCAAUUUCUCACCUUGGGGUACCCACAAGUCAUUUUUAUUUUCCUGUGCAGCAGAAGUACGAGGUAUAGAAACCCUAAGAACAAAGCAACCAUUCAAAAAAGGCUUGAGACUGUAACUAUAAUCUUGUAUAUUGAUCAGAGCAGUGGGAGUUUUCCCACGUGCUUAUCUAGUAAUUGCUAUUUCCAACUUAAGGGUUUGUUAUUUUAUUUUCUUUUGAUACUUGCCUAAAAUGCAUGUGGCUAAGUAGUAGUUAAUGGGGACGUUACGGAAGACUGCUGUGAUGCUGGCUAGCUUUGUUUCAUGUCUUUGAGAUUUUCAUACAGAACACCCAAGCAUAACUGUUAUUUGGAGGGAAAAUGUAAUUUCAUGUAAGUGGAAAUAAAAAUAAUAAUAAUUUAA